AAGAAAAUGUUGAGGCCAUUAUCUUUUAAGCGAUGCUGUUUCUGCGUGUGAACAGAAGUGUGUCUGGUGUGUUCCUGGGACGCCUGAUGUCAGUCGUGUUUUCUGUGGUGCUGUUUCUCAUUUCUUGUUCAUGCGGUCUGACCUGCUUUCAUGCUUCUAUACUCUUACGUGUUACAUCAAAGUAACUCUCACAUUUAUCCCCCACUUCUAGAGCGGAACCCUUCUAGUUCUGCCAGACUUUCACCAACACUGGUGUACAAGGAAGCUUCAUGCGUUCGCAUUUCAAGACUCCACGUGCUGUUUUUGUUCAAGCAUGGAUCGACUAUGCGCUGGAAUCGUUCUUCUUUUAGUCACUGGAGUUUUGAUCAGUAACACUCUUCAAGAGGAACUGAAUGUCCAUUUGGAACCAAAGAACAUUGCAGUCUGUGAAGGAGAAUCAGUCACACUCAACUGCACUUUUCAGCCCGCUAGGAAGUAUAAAGUGAAAUUGUACUAUAGCCAGACACCUGAUUUAGACUGUACCUCUACAACAGACAGAGCAAGUGAAAAGUGGCAUAAAUCAGAAAAGAAUGACACUUGGUCAACAUUCAUCAUUAGUUCCAUCAAGACCGAUGACAGCGGAUGGUACUUCUGCGAGGUUACGAUAGAUAUUCCUGUUCUCGUAAAGAAAUGCAGUGAUGGAAUACAAGUUCUGGUCGGCAUUCGCCAAGACAUUUUAACCACCAAGGAAGCCAACAGCAGCCAGGAAUAUGCCAAUCAGACGGGCAAUCAGACAGAAAAUCCCACUACAGAAGAUGUACCCACAACUUGCACGACGAGUGCGGCAACAACCCUGACACUGACACCGUCAUCGCCAGAUUCCCCCAAUCAUAUUCAUUGGUGGAUCUGGCUAGCGCUGGCAGUUGGAUGCGUAGUACUAGUUGUGUCAAUUGUUGUCUUAUACAUCUUGACUCGCAAAACAGAAGAGACCAUAUAUGAAAACACCAAACCAGUGGAAACAGGCUGCUGGAGGCGAAAUCGGAAUCAGAUGGAGAUCUCCAACUUGGCAGCAUCCAAAAAAACUGAAACCAUUAAACCACUGAGGAAGUAUGACACUCUUUCAAGCAACAGAAACCGCAGGCCAUAAGUAUAAGAAUUGUCCUCUAUAAACUAUGGAAGCCCAUUUCCACCACAUAAUAAAAAAUAAAAAAUCGGUAAAUCUUGAUUAUGGCAUUAAAAGACACAAUUAUGGCAUAAAAAAUUUAAAUCAUAAUUUAAACUUUUAUGUCAUAAUUUUGACUUGGUAUGUCAUAAUUUUUUAUUUUCUUCUGAUAGAUUUGACUUACUACAGUAUGUCAUAUUUUUACUUAUGUCAUAAUGAUUUGCAAAAAAAAAAAAAAAAA